CUGGCAUGAAAAUUGAAAGAAAGCCACUGAAUAGUCACAUUUUCCUUUUUUGGACAUGUUGCGAUACACUUGUUCUCCUUUUCUCUAAUGAAGUCCAUUGCGCUUAUCGUCGCUGCUACAGAAGAACUUGGGAUUGGUGUCCAUGGCAACUUGCCUUGGAGACUCCCAAAAGACAUGGCAUUCUUUAAACACGCCACAUCCCAUGUGCCUAGUUCAGAACACGGUCAAAAUGUCGUGAUUAUGGGCAGAGUCACUUGGGAGUCUAUUCCUGCUCGAUUUAGACCUUUAGACAACCGAUUGAAUAUUGUUGUUUCCAGAAACACAAACUAUGACUUGGGAUUGGAUGAGACUACGAGAAAGACGACAUUACUUGUGAAUUCGUUUGAAAAAGCAUUAGUAGCAGUAGAUCCAGCUCAUCAUGCACGCGUCUUUGUGAUUGGAGGUGCACAGAUGUAUAGCUUGGCUAUUCGUCACCCAGCGUGUUCUCAUAUUCUGUUGACACGCAUUACAUCCAAAGUUGAAUGUGAUACUUUUUUCCCUGUCAUUGAUAAACAAGUCUUUUAUGAAGCAAGCCAUCAAGCAUUAGAAGACUAUGUUGAACAGGCUGUACCAAAAGGCAUUCAAACACAUAAAGAUAUUGAUUAUGAAUUUACCUUGUACAUUAGAAAAUAAAAUCCCUUUUUAUUUAAGGCUAGCA